AAAACCAGCUGGUUCCAGAAGCCAGUGCUGGCAUCACAGAACGAGUUCAAAAGUCAAGUCUGAAAAGACAAAAGUGAAGUUUGCUCAGUCAAAUAUUAAUCAUGUUUACAAAGGAAAUACUACAGAACCUCAACAUAAACCAACUGUGCGACAAUAUGGGAUGCAAGUUGUCGGAAAGUUGCAGGGAACGCGCCGAUUACCCCCACCAGCUUGGGUCCCCAGUAUCAAGGCUGAAACAGGCGGUCUGGACAGUCGAGUUUCUCUUGUUCCCGCGGGUGGGGGUGGGUGGGGCGCUCCCUCGACUUCCAGUGCUGACCAGCCACCUGUAUCAUCCACGGGAACUGAUAGCCUUCCAAUUGUUUCUACCUUACCCUCCGUGAAUGGUGCGCUUUAUAGUGAAACAGUCGGAAAUUCUCUCGAACCAGCAUAUACAAAGUUCGUUUAUGGUAACUCAGAUAUGGGGGUAACGGGUGUAUCAACACUGAAAGAUACUUCAGUCGGUGUGAACGGCUCUGUUAAGACAGACAAAACUCAAGAUGCAGUAAAAGAUAAAGUAUCCAGUCAACCGCUAAAACCGCCGAGUGAUAAGCCAGGAUCUAGCGGAGGAUUGGCAGCUAACAAACCAUUCAUCCAGAGAUCAACUCCGACUGUAACCACUUCUAGUACAACAACUACGACAUCUAAAUCUGAAAUUCCUGCCAAGGUUGAUGGGGGCGCUCGCGAAAUAGUUGGGGAGCCUUCUGGCUGGGUUGCUAUUGGCCAAGAUGAACCUGACUUCGAUGAACGCAUAAUUUUUAGUGAUGAUGAAGAGUAUGAAGUAAAAUCCAUCCAAUCGACCACAACGACAAACAUAUCAGAACAACCUGCACAGUUUUCGAUCCCACCUCCUAAUACUGUUAAGACCAGUUUGCAUGCUAUGCCUAUGAAACCCUUUGUCAGCCCGUCGACUAAUUUACAAGGAGCUUGCGUCAUCCAGUCACAAUCGACGGUAUCUCAAAAUAUGUACGGCUCUAAUUUAAUGACAUCAAACGCUUGGUCCGCUGCGGAUGUUUCAUACACUCGAAACUGUUCAGUUAGCCACUCUGGACCUCCACCAAUUAAUCUUCCUUACAGCAUUGCGUCGAUAAAUACUUGUGGGAUUACUUCUGAUGCCAACCGUUCAUUACCAAGUGGACAGUUUAUGAACCAUGUUACAUCUCCAGGCGUUAUAGAUUCGUUCUACUCUACACAUCCACUUCAAAGUCGUUUGGCGGUGUCGAUUGCAAGUGGCAUUACUGACUCUGUAAGGUCAGCAACGGAUGUAGAUGCCGAAUUACAGCAGGCUCAGAGGCAAGCACGAACCCAAGAAUUUAAAAAUGCAGUUGAAAGAGCUCAGCAGGCAAGAGCACGACAAAAGCUUUCUGAAAGCUGUUCAGCUGAAAGUGAUAACAUGUUACCUAAGUCUGCUCUGGGUCUCUUGUCCAGCAUGUCAGAAAACAGAUCACUUCCAUCUGUUCCUACGCCUUUCACGACUACGGCAUGCCAAGCUGGUCCUAAUUGCUUGUUCCCAGUAGGGGACCAUUCAUCUGUUAAUCAUAUGCUUAGCGCUCCUCCUCACAAUAUGCUUCCUGCGUUUCCAACAUCAGGACCUCUAGAUAUAACAGCCGCAAUUGCCGCUGCGACUGCUGCUGCCAUAGCGUACACAGGUGGAGCAGAUAGUGGGGUCCCAGAAAGAAGUAGAAUUGAAAUGCCUCUUAGUGUUUCCUCAAUUAUUUCUCAGACACAGGUGCCAAUGCCUGUUAGUUCAAACACAGCAACUGCUGGCACAUGGCAAGCUCAGUUUGGUUCUAACAAUUCAAUGCCUGCCGCUAUGGUCCGAUUGCUUUCUCAGCAGCCUCUUAUGGCACAGUUACUACAGAAUGCUCUUAAAAUGUCUGCGGUUGUGAGUUACUAUGAAUGCUCCUGCUUCGUUCGAACCAUUCCUGCUUGCCGAUGGUGAGAAGAAGUGGGUCUUUGACACAUUAUUACACUUGCAGGAUCUCCUUCGAAAAGGAUACUCAGGUUCCAAAUGCUGCCAUUUUUACCCUAAAUCGAGAGGAUCACACUGUUGGAAAUAUGAUAACAUGCCAGUUACUAAAAGAUCCAAGAGUAUUAUUUGCAGGAUACAAAGCUCCUCAUCCAUUAGAGCACAAAAUCGUCAUUCGAGUACAUACAGCUCAUCCGGCGACACCUGUAGAUGUCUUCGUUUCUGCUCUGAAAGAUCUUAUAAGUGAGAUCUCGAAUAUAGAAGAACAGUUCAGAGUAAGCGACCAUUUUUUCAUUAAUCUGAUUCUGUUUAGAUGGCGACAAAAUGAAACAUUGCAUUUGUACAUACUAUUUGUUUAUAUAUUCAUAACGAUAAAAUGAAAAUGCUUGUCCUGCAAAAUUUUGUCUUUCGAUUAAUCCAUUCCUUUUUACCUUGUUGAAAUGUAGAGUUAAGGAGGUUGGAAGCAUAAUGAUGUCGGGUUAUAUAGGACUGGUUUGUUGUAAACAGUUUCGGGUGAUUUUUCUGAGGAUUUUAUUUCCUCACUGUAGCUAGUAUCACCUGAUGGCAUACAGAAAUCCCGUGUAUGUGAAGUGAAAGAUACUUGUUUCUUUAGGAUUUAUAUUUUUUUAAUAUUCCAUACAUGUCCUAAAUACCUCAUUGAUUUAAAACAGCUUCGAGAUGCCAUCCGUAAAUGACUGCCUUUUAUAGCGGACGAUUUCGAAAUUGUGGACUACUUAACUGCAUAUCUGACAUGUUCAUCAAAAAAAUUGAAAACAUUAGGUUUAGUAGAAUUUAAAAUUGACUUAGUGGAGACAGACUGCUAAUGCAAUAUCGUUUCGCUCAGUCGGUCAACUUCACUGGGACCAUCUCAUCGUUCUAAAUUAUUAAAUCUAUUUUUUAUUCUGUUGUUAUUGGCAGAGAUUCACUUAGUUAGGAGCACAAAUUAACCUCCUGGACUCAGUUUUUUUUAUUUAUAAUGGCUGGUUUAUUUAUUUAUUUAAACAUAUAAAUAUUGGUACAAAGGAGCACCAGAUACAUAUGCAUCACACAAUAAUAAUGAGAAUGUGAAGAGAUAGAGAAUGUAAGGUGUGUAUAAGAAAAAGGGGAACAAUAACGAACAAACUUUAGUGUAUGAUAGUGAAAUAAUAAUGGAAGAGGCAGUUCAGUUUACAAAAGUACAGCCAGGGAGAAUUCUUUUAGUCAAAGAAGUUACGUCAUUUUUUAUGAAGAAAGUAAAAUAACGUUAAAGCAGAGUCACCACUGGUUCCUAUUUUGAGCCGCAUCUGAUAACGUCUUUAGCCACUGUGUUGCACCAUCUCUCGGACCCCAGCCAGGGAAACGUGAAGGACCAACAGGAGCCAGCCCUUUGCAGCUUUCUUUCACACCACGACACCAUGUCAUACACUGGGUACCUCUCCGCUAUUUUCCAACCAGUCCCAAUGUCGGCAAAUAAUGCACGAAGAGGAAUUUUCUGGGACGACAUUCGUAGGACAUGUACAUGACACUGAAGUCGAUGUUUCAAGAUAGUGACACUAAUCGAAUUAUCGUCACUGUGCCUGAAUGCACAAUGCCGAACCUCUGCAUUACUAACAUGGUGUUGCCACUGGAUGUCAGCAAUCCUUCGGAGACAGCGAUGAUCAAACACAGAACCGUCUAACAUCCUCAACUCGAAGGGGCCAGGUUUUACAAGCAUAGAGCAAAACUACUCUCACCGACGCGUUUUAGGUCCGACGUUUUACAGCCAGACUAACAUCACGAGAUGCCAAAGGUGACCCAGAUUGGCAUAAGCCGCUCUGGCUUUCACUAUACGUGCAUUGAUCUCAUCACUCACGCCACCACCAGCACUUAAACAGCCACCUAGAUACGCGAACUUUUCGAUUACUUCUAUCUGCUCACUAUCCAGGGUGAGUGCAGGAUCAAGGUCCUGCUAGUCUUGUAGAAGUACUUUGCACUUCGAAGAUGCGAAGCAAAUACCAUACUUACGGACACUGAUUGCCAACUGAUUAAGUGCGGAUUGCAUGGCUUGGGUAUUAUCGCACAGUAAGACAAUAUCAUCCGCAUACUCAAGAUCGAGAAGUCUUUCUCUAGGCAACAGAUCCGCACCGCCAUUACUUACAUCCAUCAGAGCUGUUUCCAGAACGUUGUCAAUAGUAAGGUUGAAGAGGAAUGGUGAGAUUGGGCAACCCUGCUUAACUCCAUUGCUUGCAUGGAACAAUGGAGAGGUGAUUGUAUGCCCUCAUUCUGUCUGAGGUGUUUGUAUAUAGAGCUUUUAAGGUGUUAAUAAACUUCUCAGGCAUACCCUUCUUCAAUAGACAAUUCCAAAGAACAAUCCUGUCCAACGAAUCGAAGGCAGCCCUGAUGUCAAGAAACACUACGAUUGUUGGCCUUUGAUAAGUAUGACGGUGUUCUAACAUUUGGCGGAGGGUGAAGAUAUGACCAAUACAUCCUCGACCAGAACGAAGACCAGCCUACUCCUCGCGAGUUAAUCUUUCUCAAGUUCUGAACAACCUACAACGUAUGACAGAAGCCAAUAGUUUGGACGCAAUCGGAAGUAGACUUAUCCGCCGAUAGUUUUUACAGAAACGAGGUGAACGCUUUUUAAAGAUAGGGACAACUAUCGACUCAUUCCACGAUGUUGGAACACUCUCUAGUCCCCAGACCAUUGUAAACAACGUUGUCAGUUCCUUAACUAAAAAUUCACCGCCAUCUUUAAAAAGAUCCGGAUGUAAGUCAUCUAGGCCCGGUGAUUUGUAGCGCUCCAAGAGUUGGAGUUCCUUGCGGAAUUCCGCCUCAUUUGGUGGACCAGUCGUCACAGGUCAUGAAGGACAGGGCAGUCUGAUUGAUGUUGACGGGGCAGCAGAUCAGUUGAACUGCCCAUCAUCCAAGAAGUCGAUAAAUGUUAGUGAUUGGCAACCCUUCAUUUUCACGGUUUGUUUCGCCUACGUCAGACUUCUUGCUCCCAAUGGCUCUUUAUUUAUUUUGAACAUAAACAUUGGUACAAGGGGGCACCAGAUACAUCUCAGCCACACCGUAGUAUAU